AUGAAUAAAAUAAAACUUAUCGAUAUAUUAGUUUUUUUGAAUUGUUUGGAAAAUAAUGAUGAAGAAAAUUGGCCUCAAGGAAUGUGUGCUUCGUGUGUUUCUACAGCUUUACUUGCAUACAAUUUUAAGCUCAACUGUUUAAAAGCCAAUGUCACCCUUUCUCAAAUAUUUACAGUUCAAUCAACACCUAACAACCAACAAAGAUCUGAUGUGGAUGUCAUUGACAUAAAUGUUGUGUAUCAAGACCAUGAGUAUGAUGUCCCUUUAUUUAGUAAUCAUGCAGUUAUUGAUUUUGAACCAGAUGUACCUGAAAAUAAAGAAUUAACACCUCUACCACCAGUCACUGAAAUAACCUCAACAGAAAGACUUCGCAGAAAAGAAGGAGAUAAAAGAUACUCUUGUAGUGUGUGCUCCAAAUCUUUUACCAGAGUUUACAGUUUAAGAUAUCAUAUGGCGAAGCAUAAUGAUAUUCGUAGAUUUUUGUGCCCAAAAUGUGGUAAAUGUUUUCACACAGCAAGUGGGUUGAGGCAACAUUUAUUAUCACAUAUUGAAAAUAACCAAUUUAAAUGUGGUUUUUGUCAUAAGACUUAUAAGUCGAGGCAAUCAUUGAAAGAACAUUUUCGUGUGGCACAUUCAAGUAAUCGAAAAUUGUUUGUUUGUGUUACAUGUGGAAAGAGAUUUACUGCAAAAUCUACAUUGAUGAUGCAUGUUAAAAGUCAUAAAGGUGUGAAAGAAUUUGCUUGUUCUGAAUGUUCUAAAACAUAUACAAGAGCAACUUAUUUAAGAGCUCAUAAGCUAGUUCAUUUGGGUCAAGAGAAACCAAAGCCCUUUACUUGUGUUUACAAAGAUUGUGAUAGAAGUUUUGCUACAAAACAUUCCCUAGUAGUACAUAUUGCUCAUUCACACACCAUGGAAAGACCACAUAAAUGUAAUGUUUGCUUUAAAGGGUUUGCAACAUCUUCUGGCUUAAAAGUUCACAUGGAAUCUCAUACAAAUAAAGAAGUUUCUUGUGAUAUUUGUAACAAAAGACUUGCUAACAAGAGAGUGUUACAAAAGCAUAUAAAGAUCCAUAAUUUACAAAGCAAUAUUUCUUUGGAUAAUGUAACAAUUGAUAGUUGU